AUGAACUGGGGUCUUCGUCUCCGCCGCGCCUUCACACUUCAGGUUGGUCACAUUCAUUAUGCACCGCCUGAGCGGAGAACAUAUAUUGACAAAGGCACCACGUAUAUCAAGAUUGAGAUAGGCGCUCCUCGCAUCGAUGGCAUGCAUCUCACAUUUCCAAUCCUUGCGGGUUCACUUGAGACGGAACCUGCAUUCACCCCACCACUAAAGGUCAACUCCAUAUCCGGCUUUGAUGAAGCAAUCCUUGUCGGAAACAAUCUACGCCUCAACGUCUCCGUCGAUUUAAAGCUACAGGGCGAGCCAGGCGCAGAGUCUGAGAGAAAGAUGAAACUGCGGUGGAAUGGUACUGUCGUUAUCGGAGAGCUCGAGCAAAUUAUGCAGGGCGAUCUCGAAGGGAAAGCUGAUUUUGGCAACCCUCUUGCCAGCUUUCGAUUUGACGUCAGUGAGAAAGAACACGUCGGGCUCGGGGAUCGAAUCUUUGUUGGGCAGGGUCGAUUUGUGAAAAAGGAAAAGUCGGGACCCCUCAACUUGAUAUAUCAGGUGAGCGAAGUUUGUACCAGCGUGUUUCCUAUCAGCUAG